CACCUCAAAAUAUACCUGCACCAUCCCUAACCCAUUGUGUUCCUCCUAAUUGCACUGCAACAUUAACAAAUUCUACUAAACCUUUUUGUACUGUUAGUGGUUGCCCUUUUCUAGCACCCAUUAAAUCAAAAGAUAUGAACCCUAAUAAAAGAAUGACAACACCUCUGCCGAAGAGCUUAACCAAUGUUACUAAAGAAUCCGGUCAUGGAAACACAAAAAACUCUGAAAAGUAUAAAUAUCAUAAAAUGGAUUAUGGGUUGGCUCAAUCUCCAAACAAUACUAUGUCAACACACACCAACGUGGAGAUAGCUAUGAAAAAGACAUAUAAUUUAGAAGGCAUUCCUGAAGAAAAUAUAAAUCAGUCAUGGACGUUUUUGAGCCCAGAUAGCUAUAAGAGAGACUUAAACCUGUACCCAAGUGAUCUUAAAAAUACCUCAUACAUGCCCCUAAAAUCUGUUAGUCUUACAAUUAAUGUACCAGCUGAUAGAAUUGACAGCAAAACAUAUGUAGACAAGAGGAGACCAGAUUCCAACAAAUUUUCAAAUGUUGAAAAAACUUGUGAUGUUAAUGUUUCAGAAAGGAAAGCACCUAUAGAAAACACUAAGGUCUGGGCUUCCAUAUCAAAAGCCAGUGAAAAAACAGCAAAUGUUAAGCAGGAAAAGAUAACACAAACAACACAAAGUAGUUACAUUUCACCAUUAUCAAGUCUAUAUGUAGAUAUAUAUCCACAGUCUUAUACAAAUGUAAAAAUCACAAAAUCAGAUAGUAGAAAAAGGAAGUAUGAUAGUCGUAACAUAGAAAAUAUUGGCGGUGUUGAAUUUACAAAAAAGAACAUGGUUAGAGUCAAACCCAUGACUAAGGUUUGUCAUUUUGAAAAUGAAAAGUAUCUCAAAUCUGGGAAAAAACUGUGUCAAGUUGAUAUUUCUUCUGUUAAUAAUUUUGUAGAGAAGCGGGAUAAAAUGAGAAAUGAACUGUCAAUUAGUGACGACUUUGACUGUUUUAUGAGUCAUUUGGAAAAUACAGCUUAUCCAAAAAGAUGUAACAAAAGAGAUAGUCGGAUACAUUCUAACCCAACUAGCCUUAGUGUUAGCUCCAUCAGUGACUCACAUUGUAAUAACCUCCCCAUUGACAUGGUUUCUCAAGGGGGAAAUUCCUGUAAAAGUAAUAAGUUGAUAGAAAAGGAUUUCCGAUUCAAAACAAUUAAAGAAAUAAAUACUAAACCUUGCAAUAUUAGAGUUAAAGACUCUCAAGCCCCUAAAAAUGCGGCGGUUCUUGUAAAACAAAAAGACUUGUUGAAUUGUGACAAAUUUGAAGCACAAAAUAUUGAAUCUACUUGCUCUUCUCUCAUGUUACUGUCACAAUCAUGUGAAAAUAUUUUACAACCACUAAUUGAAAGAGGAAGUUUUGAAUCCAGACCGAAAGCAAAUGACCAAGUAGGGUUUUCAAAAAGUAUUGACAAGAAAAGUAAAAAUAGUGACUUUUUGAUGAUUAGUCAACAACCCACAGAAGAGAGCUUAGUUCUUUUAAAAGACAAAUCAGGUGUUAGAAAAACGUUGUCAGAAAAUGAAAUUCCUAUCCCUCUCAACCAUUUACCAAGUGAUCAACAAAUAAACUCAAAGGCUGAACAAAUAAACAACAUGUCAAGUAAACAGCAAAAUUGUUUGCAUACUAAUGGACCCCUAGUUAAUAGACCUAUACAUGUUCCUAAACGAGAACUUCAUAAUAAAUCAAUGUUGCAAUCCAGUACUGAAAGACACGUUAAAAACCUCACUCCAAUUACCUGUAAAAGAAAUAUCAAAAUAAUGUCAAAGGCACAGUCACCAGUCAAAAGUGUAGAAUCUAAAGAUGCAAAAAAAGUAGUUGUAAAUCGUUGUUCAUUAAAACGACUUAUAAAUGAAGGCAACCGUGUCAAAAACAUAGUAAACCCACAAACAAUUCAUCCACAUAUGAAACAGAAAUGCCCGGAAAAUAACCUGAAGCUCAGAAAGGGUGAUAAUGCAAAUGACAAUGAUUACUAUCAUAGUAGUUUUACUUCUGACAAUUUAAAAACACAUGAUCACAAAGCAGAGUUUUCUAAAAAGAAUGGUACUUCUAAAAAAAAUAACCUAAGUAAAGGUAAACAUUGCAAAAAUCAGAGUUCAGUGGGAAAUAAACAGCUUGAAGAAAAAUUGUUGCCUACAAUCAAAUCAGAAACUAAAUAUUGUGAAGAAGCAAAAAAUAAUCAUACACUUCUGCAAAAACCCUCAAAAGACAAUAUGUUUACUGCAGAACAGAACAUUAACACAAAAGCUCAAGAAACAAGUAAAAGUAAGAGUACGAAAGAUGCAAUUGCAUAUCAUAUAGAAGAAUGUAAUGCAAAUGGAUGCUCUGAAAAAUCAUAUCUGAAAGAUUUAGUUUAUAGAAUGAGAAGCUUAACACAGUCUGAGAUUUUAGAAGUCAUAAGUGAAUUUACUUCUACACUUGAAGAGAGUGAAUAUAUACAAGUUUCCAAAGAGCGAAAACCACCGUCAAUUAAAAAAGAGGUUCCCAUUCCAAAGGAACACAUACAAUCAAAAGGCAAGACCAUACAUAACCAUCCUAAAUCAUUUGAAGGUAAAACAAAUUUUGGAAAGAGAAAAAAUAUGAAAUGCUCAUUAGAGUCAAAAAUAGUUCCAAGUACUUCAAACUCAAAUAUAGAAAAGUUUAAUGCAGACGCCAAUAGUGGUUUAGGAGUAAACGUACAACGCACAUUAGAGACAAAACAGAAACCAUUAAAAACUCAAGUACCUAACAUUAGUACCAGCGCAGAUUCAAAACAAGUAGGGUUCAAAAGUUCAUCAAAAGGAAAUAGGCAUAACUUUUCUACAAUUCUGUCCAGUAAACCAAGGGUUCUGGACAAUGACAGCAACACACUCCCAAAAUGCAAAAGUAAUAGAAAGAAAAAACCAACUGAAUUGGACAAAAUUCAGGCUGAUUUGGAGACAUGCUAUGGUUUGGAUAACAUCAUGAAAUGUACUGGAAUUCGAUCUUGUAGGCUAAAAAAUAAUAUUGAUUAUCAGUUAAAAGAAGAUCUUACAGAAAGAAAAAAGACAAAGAAAAGAAAAAUUACAGAAGCUCAAGAUGGUUUAUAUUAUUUUCUUGAGGAUGAAAUAACAAUCAAAGAGGAGCCGAUUCCUGACCUGCCUUUUGACAUUAAGCAAGAACCAGAUGUAUUUGAAUGAUGUUAGAAGCAAUCGUUGGCAGCAAGAGUGGAGCUCAGCCAAUUUGUGAUCAUCCAAUUAGUAUCUUGCAUAUUAAUUUAGAAUAAAGACUAGGUAAUUGUUACUAGAAUAAGUCAGUCGUGUCAUCCUAUUAUUGUAAUGUGGAAAAAUAUUAAAUACUAUGUA